AUGCAACAUCAAAAACAAUCAAAUUCAACGAGUGGAGUAGAUACUCUGAAGACACCGAUGAUAAAAAUGCCGAAACAAGAGACUACACUUUCACCGAUUACUAUGGCGAUGCGAGAAGGUGACGCAACACAACAGAACACAACAGAUCCAUCAUGGUGGGCACCAAUAUUUCUACAUGAACUCGAUGCGUUCAAUACCAAGAAUCCAGAUACUCAAAAACCAAAUCCAGACGAUGUCGCCAGACUGCUCUACAUCUUCCAGCGCUCCCACCAAAUGAUAAAUCACAAAGAACAUGAAAAUAAUCCGGAUUUAGAAAAUAUCUAUUCUGCAUAUGCCGGAUUUCAAUUGCGUAUCAAUGAGAUUGAAGAUGCUAGAGAAAUAUUGAAAUUUAUGAAAGUUCAUCAUAUUGGAUUGAAAAGAGCGGAUUUCUAUACAAAGUUGGCUUACAUCGAGAUGCUGAAUAAACAUUUCGAAAAGUCACGUGCAAAAAUCCAAGAGGGUAUCGAUAAGGAUGCACAACCCUUGAGCGAUUUACAUGCUUUUUUUACACACAUUGACAAGGCCGAGGAGAAACACUUGAACAAACAACAACUACGCCAAAGUGGUGCUAUGACUUCACCCAUUUCACCGGUUGUGUCCGACCAUACUACACCCACUCCAUCGCCUGGCACCGUCGAUACAGCAACAACACCAACCUCCUCACCACCCAUUUCAGCAUCCUCUCUCCACAACAAUAUUAAUAACAACUCCAAUAUGAAUAUUAAUAUUAACAGAGUGAGUGGAUCAGUUACACUUCCCGAAUCAACAAAUGUUCCAGAUUUAAUAAAUCAACAACAACAACAUAAUAACCAUCAACAACAACAACAACAACAGCACUAUGAGAAUGUCAACAAAGCACGUCUCUCAACUUCAAGUAUCACUGCCAAUAGUAUCAGCUCUGGAAAGUCGUUCUCCAGAACCUUCAGACCAUUGGGACUGGCAUCGAGAUCACAGCCAAUACGAGUUAAAGUCAGUGGAAAUGGCGAAGACGAGGAAACCAUUGAGGAGAAAGAAAAGAUCGAUCACGAGCCAUUGAAUACCGAUGAUCAGAUGAGUGAUGACUCUACACCAUCUAACCCGCUUUCGCCAUCGAAUGUUACAGAUCCACUCAACGAUUUGAAUAUUUCCAAUGAAAGUGAGCAAAUGGAUGCUGAGUCAUCUCCAUCCAACUCACCACAAUCAAACUAUCAACAACAACAACAACAACAGCAGCCAGCACAACCAACAUUUAAACCGCAACCAAUAAGACAUCCAAUACACUCGAUACCAAAGAUCCAACAGAUUCCCAAACGUAACAUUGCUCCUAAACCAACAGCACCAACACCCACUCCAACCACACCAACUCAUAAUGUAACAGCUAUACACCAACCUAUGAAUCAACAACCUAACAACAACCAUCAAAACAAUAACAAACAGAAUCACAAUAACAAUCAUCACAAUCAAAACAACAAUAGUAAUAUUGAUAAUGAGGUCAUAGAUCCAUCACGUACUUUUGAAAUAGCAAAGAGUUGGAGUGAAACCACCAUAGUCAAUGGCAAAUCAUAUUUAAAGAUUGAAUUUAUAGGUAAAGGUGGAAGUGGUAAAGUAUACAAGGUUUUAAGUCAGGAUUUAAAGAUUUAUGCUUUGAAAUAUGUUUGUUUAAAGUCAGGAGAUAAUGAUAUAGAAUCACAACUGAAUGAAAUAGAAAUGUUAAAGAAACUUAAUAGAUUCGAUAAUAUUAUAAAAUUGAUAGAUAACGAGGUGGAUUUGAAUCAAGGACAUAUUCUUUUGGUUUUGGAACUGGGCGAUAUUGAUCUGGCGAGGUUGUUACACCGUCACCAGCUUACCUCCAAUGUCAAGGGUAUCAACGAGAAUCUACUGAGGAUCUACUGGCAGCAGAUGCUACACUCUGUACACACGAUUCACGAAGAGCGUAUUAUCCACGGUGAUCUGAAGCCUGCCAACUUUGUAUCGGUGCAGGGCAAUCUCAAGCUGAUCGACUUUGGCAUUGCCAAAGCGAUUCAAAAUGACACCACCAAUAUCGUUCGUGACUCACACGUCGGAACACUCAACUAUAUUUCACCGGAGGCGCUGAUCGACACUGGUGGCAACGAUAACUCACCAAAGAUGAAGCUGGGACGUGCCAGUGAUAUCUGGUCGCUUGGCUGCAUCCUCUACGAAAUGACCUAUGGCUACUCGCCGUUCAAACAAUUCACCAACCUCCUCACCAAAUACCAAGCCAUUGUAAAUCCCAAACACCAAAUCACCUAUCCACCACACCGCAAUGCCGCUCUCUUGGAUGUUUUAAAACGAUGUCUUCAGAGAGAUCCACUUGCAAGACCAACCAUACCCAAACUUUUAGAGCAUCCAUUUUUAAAUAGUUGA